AUGAACGGAUCUUCAACCAGCGCAGGCGCCAACCCGUCAGUCGACACCUCGACACACACGGCGAGCAGGCCCAUCGACAUCCCAACCCUCUCCAAGACUCAACGCACGAGUUCUUACUCAAGCGACUCCUCCAGCGCCUUUGCAACCUCCCCAUCACUCUCAUCGUCGUUCCCCACCUCGCUCCGCAAGACGUCGACCUUUGUCAAGCCCGCCCCCAAGGUCAACGUGCACACGACGUGCGGCCGCCACACGGACCAGUACUUCUUCGGUGGGCCGUCCCUGAGGGACCUCGCCCGCUCCAUGAUCGGCAAGAAGAAUUAG